AUGAAUCUCCCACAAGGUAAGAAGAACAAGUACUCCUUCUAUGAUUAUCCCAUUAAUAAGAAACCAGUCAAAGAAAAUAGAGAUUGUCCUUUAUCUGCAACGAAAUACAUAGAGUACUCGAGGUCGCUGUUUGGGAGACAAGGUUUCACAAUCAACCUGAUCUUGCUACGACCCAAGAGCCGUGGGGCAGUCUUCCUCAGAUCAAAACACCCUCGUGAUCUUCCUGUAAUCGACCCUAACUAUCUCAGUCACCCGGACGACCUCCACACUCUUGUCAAUGGUAUCAAGAAGUUAAUGAUCCUCGGCAACACAACUGCUCUCAGAUCUCGACUCAAGUCAAAGUUCCACGAAAAGCCUGUACCAGGGUGUGAGGGGGAGAAAUUCGGGUCGUUCAGGUACUUUGGAUGCUACAUACAACACAUGUCCUCCUCCUUCUGGCAUCCAACUAGCACCUGCAAGAUGGGUCCUUCCUCUGAUCCCCUUGCUGUUGUCAGUCACAGACUCAGGGUUCACGGUGUCUCCGGGCUACGGGUAGUGGAUGCCUCCAUUAUGCCCGUCAUCGUCUCAGGCAAUACCAAUGCUCCAACUCUUAUGAUCGGAGAGAAGGCCGCCGAUCUCAUUAAGGAGGACUGGAAUGAGUCUGGACAUAGAUGA